AUGAAGCAAGGUAGAGAAGGUCGUGAAGAUGGUAAAGUUUUAAAAAGCGUCCAAAGGAAACUUCAUAAAGAUUCAAUGGGGAAGCAAUAUGAAAAGAGGAUCACUUGGGUGAUUAAGAAUUUCUCCUCUUUGCAAACUGAGAAAAUUUAUUCUGAUUACUUUGUGGUUGGUGGCUGCAAAUGGCGUCUCACUGCCUAUCCCAAAGGGUACAAGGUUGAUAAUUGCUUAUCACUGUUUCUGGAAGUCGCCCAUCAUGGAUCAUUGCCAUCUGGAUGGAGAAGACACACUCGAUAUCUCCUAACCAUAGUCAAUCAACAUUCAGCAAAAAACUCCAAACGACAUGAGUCACAACAGUGGUUUGAUAAGAAGUGGCCCAGCAGGGGUCGUCACUCCAGGUGUUCUCUGGAUGAACUUCAUGCAGCAGAUGGCGGAUUUUUGGUGAACGGAGAGCUCAAGAUUGUUGCAGAGGUAGAUGUUGUUGAAGUUAUCGGCAAGUUAGAUGUAACAGAAGAUAGUUCAACAAUAACGGAAGCAAUGGAUGUUAAUGAAUUUCAACUUCUUCCUUCACAGGGGAAGUCUGUGAGGCUUGUGUUUAAAAGACACCCAGAGAUUGCAUCUGGAUUCCUUCCAAAGAACCCGGUACUUAGGACAGGUUACAUGAGUUUUCUACUCAGUCUGAUUGGGACUAUGUGCCAAGCUCCUCAUGAGCUCUCCAAGGAUGAUAUAUCUAGUGUGUAUGGUGCACUUGAAUUCAUGACAGAGGCAGGGUUUAACUUGGAUUGGUUGGAGGAGAAAGUUGAUGAGUUGUCAGAGAACAAGGAGAUUGGUGAAACUAGGCUGCAAGCUAUGGAGGAAGAGUUGAAGGGCUUGAAGCUCAGGUGUUCAGACAUGGAAGCUCUGGUGGAGAUGGAGAAGGCGAGAGUGUCAUCUGCAAAAUCUCCCCUCACAUUCGAUGAUGUUGUUUAA